GAGCCAUGGCGACUCCCAGUUCAAACAGCAGCUCUUCCUCCUCCUCCAGCUUCAACAGCAGCAGCAUUGCUCAGAGCCAACACACCGCGACCAUGAGCAGCAUGCAGGGUAAACGUAAAGCACUGAAGUUAAAUUUUGCCAACCCUUCGAUCAAACCCACCACAAGAAUCGGCUUCAAUACCGCAGGGCCGCCCUUCCAAAACCCCCACAUAGAGCGGUUACGCACACACAGCAUCGAGUCCUCUGGAAAGCUGAAGAUUUCUCCAGAGCAGCUUUGUGACUUCACGGCAGAAGAUCUAAAGGACCUGGGGGAGAUUGGGCGAGGGGCUUAUGGCUCCGUCAACAAGAUGGCUCACAAACCCAGUGGGAAAAUCAUGGCUGUAAAGAGGAUUAGAUCCACAGUGGAUGAGAAGGAGCAGAAGCAGUUACUGAUGGACCUGGACGUGGUGAUGAGGAGCAGUGACUGUCCCUACAUCGUUCAGUUUUAUGGUGCACUUUUCAGAGAGGGCGACUGUUGGAUAUGUAUGGAACUUAUGUCUACCUCGUUUGACAAAUUCUACAAAUACGUGUACUCCACCUUGGAGGAAGUGAUCCCAGAGGAGAUCUUAGGCAAAAUUACAUUAGUAACUGUGAAAGCACUCAACCACUUAAAAGAAAACUUGAAAAUCAUUCACAGAGACAUCAAGCCAUCAAACAUCCUGUUGGACAGAAGAGGAAACAUUAAGCUGUGCGAUUUUGGAAUCAGUGGGCAGCUGGUCGACUCCAUUGCAAAGACCAGAGACGCGGGCUGCAGACCAUACAUGGCACCGGAGAGAAUAGACCCCAGCGCCUCCAGGCAGGGCUACGAUGUGCGCUCAGACGUCUGGAGUUUGGGAAUCACACUGUAUGAGUUAGCUACCGGCCGCUUUCCCUACCCGAAAUGGAACAGCGUGUUUGAUCAGCUAACACAGGUGGUGAAAGGAGACCCUCCACAGCUCAGCAAUUCAGAGGAGAGACAGUUCUCUCCCAAAUUCAUCAACUUUGUCAACCUGUGCCUUACAAAGGACGAGUCGAAAAGGCCAAAGUACCGAGAACUCCUGAAGCACCCGUUCAUCCUGAUGUACGAGGAGCGCUCUGUCGACGUGGCGAGCUACGUGUGCAAGAUCCUUGACCAGAUGCCCGUCUUCCCCAGCUCGCCCAUAUACCUGGACUAAACCACACAUCGCCCUCACUCACCUCAUCCACAGUUAUAGGGGAAACACGGAAACGCAAGCUCGACACAGAACCCUGCAGUGUUGCACACACAUACACCACACACACACACACACACACCUGUAACGACAUCAGUCCACCUCUCUCUAUCUGUCUAUACACAUCCUAUCAAUGUGCAAGUCCAUCCAGAAGUGAAUGAACCUGUCGGACCUGAGGACGCCUCUUCCAGAGGUCUGAUACGCCCCUGCUGCACCUCUGAAUCGGGACUUUUCGGAUGCCGCUGUACAGAUGUUUAUCAAGCUGGUCUGUCUGCUUUUAGUAAAGGCUGAAUUCCAAACUGUUCCCUACAGAGGGAGCCGUUCGAGAUUCAGCCCGUUUGAGACUGUCCUUACCUAACCGACGUCCCUAAAGUAAUAUAAUCUUCUGUAAAUCAUCUAUAAAAUAAAUAAGCUCUAUAAGAA